UUUGGUGCCAACUCUUAUAUGCCCUCUCUCUUUUGUUCCAUCAACAACACGGGAAGAAAAGUGAGCUUGGAACGAGAUGUUGCAGUGUAUCUUUCUUCUUACCGAUUCCGGCGAGGUCAUGCUCGAAAAGCAAAUGACGGGACACAGAGUGGAUCGGUCGAUCUGUGGCUGGUUCUGGGACUAUGUGAUUUCCCAAGGAGGGGACUCUACCAAGAUAUUGCCGGUAAUUGCAUCUCCGACGCAUUAUAUCUUCCAAAUAUUCCGCGAGGGGGUAACGUUUUUGGCUUGCACGCAGGUGGAGAUGCCUCCACUGAUGGGAAUCGAGGUGCUGUAAGUUGGAUUUAAUGGA